GACCCCGCACCAGGCUGCGGGCCAGCCUUUCAAAUUCACCAUCCCGGAGUCGCUGGACCGCAUCAAGGAGGAGUUCCAGUUCCUCCAGGCUCAGUACCACAGCCUUAAAUUGGAAUGUGAGAAACUGGCAAGUGAAAAGACAGAAAUGCAGAGGCACUAUGUGAUGUAUUAUGAAAUGUCGUAUGGAUUAAACAUUGAAAUGCACAAACAGACAGAAAUCGCCAAGAGAUUGAAUACAAUUUGUGCACAAGUCAUCCCAUUUUUGUCUCAGGAACAUCAGCAGCAAGUGGCCCAAGCUGUAGAGCGUGCCAAACAAGUGACCAUGGCUGAACUGAAUGCCAUCAUCGGGGUACGUGGCCUUCCAGGUCUACCUCCUACACAGCAGCAGCUGCAGGCUCAACAUCUCUCUCAUGGCCAUGGACCUCCAGUGCCUCUAACACCGCAUCCAUCAGGACUUCAGCCUCCAGGAAUCCCUCCACUCGGAAGCAGCGCUGGCCUUCUUGCCCUUUCUAGUGCUUUGGGUGGGCAGUCUCACUUGGCAAUAAAAGAUGACAAGAAGCAUCACGAUGCAGAACACCACAGAGACAGAGAGCCAGGCACAAGUAAUUCUCUGUUGGUCCCAGACAGUCUGCGAAGCACAGAUAAACGCAGGAAUGGCCCUGAAUAUACCAAUGACAUCAAAAAGAGAAAGGUGGAUGAUAAGGAUUCCAGCCACUAUGACAGUGAUGGGGACAAGAGUGACGAUAACUUGGUUGUAGAUGUAUCCAAUGAGGAUCCUUCCUCCCCAAGGGCAAGCCCCACUCAUUCACCACGUGAAAAUGGUAUAGAUAAAACCCGCUUGCUGAAGAAAGAUGCCUCUAGCAGUCCGGCAUCUACAGCCUCUUCAGGAAGUUCCACUUCCCUCAAAUCCAAAGAAAUGAGUCUGCAUGAAAAAGCCAGCACGCCUGUUCUGAAAUCCAGCACACCAACUCCUCGAAGUGAUGUGCCAACCCCAGGCACUAGUGCAACUCCAGGACUUCGUCCAGGCCUUGGCAAACCUCCAACAAUGGACCCUCUGGUUAACCAAGCUGCUGCAGGUUUGCGGACACCAUUGGCAGUACCAGGACCAUACCCUGCUCCAUUUGGCAUGGUACCUCAUGCUGGCAUGAAUGGAGAAUUAACCAGUCCAGGGGCAGCCUAUGCCAGUCUUCACAAUAUGUCACCCCAGAUGAGUGCUGCUGCUGCUGCAGCUGCUGUGGUUGCCUAUGGAAGAUCUCCUAUGGUUGGGUUUGAUCCUCCUCCUCACAUGAGAGUACCUGGAAUCCCUCCAAAUCUAGCAGGGAUUCCUGGGGGAAAACCAGCUUACUCCUUCCACGUUACUGCAGAUGGCCAGAUGCAGCCAGUUCCUUUCCCUCCUGAUGCCCUCAUUGGUCCAGGAAUCCCCCGCCAUGCCCGUCAGAUCAACACUCUGAACCACGGGGAGGUUGUGUGUGCAGUUACCAUCAGCAACCCCACGAGACACGUGUACACGGGUGGGAAGGGGUGCGUCAAAGUCUGGGACAUCAGCCAGCCUGGCAACAAGAGCCCUGUCUCUCAGCUGGACUGCCUGAACAGAGAUAACUACAUCCGCUCUUGUAAAUUGCUGCCUGAUGGAUGCACCCUAAUAGUUGGCGGGGAAGCCAGCACAUUAUCCAUAUGGGACCUGGCAGCACCAACUCCUCGUAUAAAAGCAGAGCUGACAUCCUCAGCCCCUGCCUGCUAUGCUCUGGCUAUCAGCCCUGACUCUAAGGUGUGCUUUUCCUGCUGUAGCGAUGGUAACAUUGCAGUAUGGGAUCUGCACAAUCAGACAUUGGUCAGGCAAUUCCAGGGCCACACAGAUGGAGCCAGCUGUAUUGACAUUUCUAAUGAUGGUACCAAGCUCUGGACAGGAGGUUUGGAUAACACUGUCAGAUCCUGGGACUUGAGAGAAGGGAGACAGCUACAACAGCACGACUUCACAUCACAGAUAUUUUCCCUUGGUUAUUGUCCUACUGGUGAAUGGCUAGCUGUGGGAAUGGAGAGCAGCAAUGUAGAAGUGCUACAUGUAAAUAAACCAGACAAAUAUCAACUGCACCUUCAUGAGAGUUGCGUAUUGUCACUCAAGUUUGCUUACUGUGGUAAAUGGUUUGUGAGUACUGGAAAAGAUAACCUUCUUAAUGCAUGGAGAACUCCUUAUGGAGCCAGUAUCUUCCAGUCCAAAGAAUCUUCGUCAGUACUUAGCUGUGACAUCUCUGUGGAUGAUAAGUACAUAGUCACUGGCUCUGGAGACAAAAAGGCUACCGUCUAUGAAGUUAUCUACUGAAAAAUAUGAUGGGGAUAUAACUUUUAGAAGUUGAACUGGGCCAAAAUUGUUCUCAAUUGUAGAAGUAGAAAGGUUUUGCCUUUUAAAAAGGAACAAAAGUAUUGAGGUUCCAGACUUGCCAUGAAACUACUCCGAUUCUUCAAAAUUGAAUGCAACAUCCAGCAACCAAGUUAUUGGCUACGUGGACCAAACAGAACACAGAGGCAAGAUGGACAGAUGUAGCCUAGGUUUUUGACAUAGUUUUUAAAAGCUGAGUCUACUGAAGAAUGUUGGAGCCUUUUAUUUUUUUUCUUUCUUUGUGACCUCAUGCUAAUUGUUUCAUUGCCUGAAUAUGGGGGAUAAAUACCUUUCUGUUCCUUGCAGUUCAAGUUGCAUUCUGUCCUGUGUAGAGCAGUGGUGUCUCAGAUGAACUUGUUUGCUGGUUUUGCAUCUUGUGAUAUGUUUUUGUAUUUUUGUUGAAGGUCAAACAUUUGUACAAAUUGUAAAUAUGUUUAGUUUAUUACAGUAAAGGCUUUAGUACCAACAACCAGUCUUCCCCCCCCUCCCCCUCCCCCUUCCCUGCCCCCCCUGCUUAUUUAAAAUUAAAAACCUUUUGGGGAUAUAAGUACCUUUUUAGAAGCAAAAGCAAACACUAUGUAUAGUUUGAAAAUGGUGUCUUAUUCUUUAUAACUCUUCCUAGAUUCCUUUAUCGUAUUUCGAAGUAGUUGUUUUGACGUAUUAGGGUAUCAAGUCUAGUAGAUACUGUCUUGUGCUACAGAAAACUUAAAAGGCAAUUUUGUACUAAUUAUAGUGUAAAUAUAAAAAUUGAACAUUUCAUAAAGUUGUGCAGUUUAUUUUAAGUUUAUUCUGCUGUUCCAUGUAUAUGUUCUUUGGCAGAUACAGUGAUAUGUGCCUGAUGAUGUCAUUUGGUCAUUCCUCUAGAAGAAGAGAUGACUUCCCUCUCCUUUCUCCCCCAGCUGAACAAAAUUCAUGCAAGACUGCGUUUCAACUAAGUACAUCAGAGCCUUUGUUCAUUAACUGAGGAUAUCUAUGAUUAAACAGAGCUAGAUAAGUUGCAUCCUUUGUAUUUUACCGAGAAGUGGUAGUCAAUGACCAUUUCCUUUUUAAUGUCUUGUCUAUAGGUAGAUACUCAGGUAAAUUUAAUUAAAUCACCAAAAGUGUCAGUUUUACAGGGGAUCACUUAAACAAUGUUAAAAGCAGGUCUGCAAGUGAAGUGAAUUAACCUAAACUAAGUUAAACUUGCUUCUUAAUUUCUUGUGAGAAUAUUGACAAAGGAAUAUUUUUAUUUUUAACUAAUCCACCGUACAAAUUAAUUAGAAUUAAUUUUCCUGAGUGUCCCGUCUUAUGCAGGGCUAUAGGCUCUGUGUAUUCAUACUGAGCAAUCUUUGAGUCCUUUCCACUGUCGCAUCAGUGUGUGACAUCUGUGAAGAGCCAUGCUAAGCAGCCAGUUACCAAAGCUAUGCAUCUUCAGAUCAAGUUUUCUUGGUGUACUCAAGGGAAAUGGAGGAAGAGAGAAUGUGUACAUUUUAUUCUGCCUAUGUUUUUUCAGGUUAACGAGUUCUACCACUGUGUGCUAGACAAACCUAGCUAUUGCACCAGUGAGGGUCAUUCAUUUCCUACAUUCUCUAAUUUAAUUAGAAUUUCUGUUGCUAAUGGAGACUACACUCUACUAUAGACUACUAUAUCUUUGAACAAAUAAUUCAGAUAACACAAACUGGCAGACAGGUUAAGAUUCAUCUGUGAAGAGCUGCUUUCUCAUUUUACUAGCAUUUGACUAUGACCUAUAUCCCUGCUCUUUCAAAGGCACGUAACUAGGAAGAAACAAGUUUAACUGACAGAUGCAUUGACUGGAUAAGGAAAUUCUCAUCUGGGGGCAAAUUUUUUCUCAAUUUCCUGUCUGAAGAGAUAUGAGUUUUCUUUUCAAUUUACAUGACCAUUCUACUGAAACCAUUUUAUAGCAUCUAGAAUUGUAAUGGCCUUAAUACUUAAUAAUUAACUUUGCAUUUGAAAUGAAAAAUGCUAACCAUUCAGGAUAACCUGAUUUCCUAGACAUUUAAAAUCAGUGUUCUAUCCAUAUGUAUCUAUAUAUUUGUCUGUUGCCGUGUUGUAAAUACCUGUCUGUAUGAAAAUGGCAGACCAACUUAGGUGGCGGUCAUAUUCCUUUCACACAGAGUGAGGCAAAAAGCAGAAUCAUCAGGCUUUUCAAAGAAGUAAUUAUAUUUUUUACAUUGAAAUGCUGUGAAGUGCUGUGUCAUUUUAAAAAAGAAAAGUUUAAAAAAAAUAUUAUGUACUAGGUUACUUGAACUUUACUGAACCUGUUUCCAUAUUGAAUUUUUUCCAAAUGUCUGACUCUGCCAAUGAUCAUUUGUUUAGCAGCACUGGCAAAUUUGUUUUAAUUAGGAACAUUUGGAUUUCUUCCAAACUGCUAUCACCUUGGCUUUUACUUUAUAGGUGUUCUUUUGCCUUUAUUAAAAGUUUAUAUCAGAGGAACCAAGAAUGAAAGUAUUCUAACACAUUCAUGUAACUUUAAAAAAAAUAUACACAUGUAUAUAGUGGAUCUGCUUUAAGCUGCAACAUGGUGGUUGUUAGUAAAACCACAGUCUUUGCCAUCAGGAGAUGUAAAAUCAUAGUGUCAGGAAAAUCAUGAAACACCUUGUCUUUUCUUCUUAGCUUCUAGAAUGCACAAGUGAGUCAGAGCAGUUAUGCAAUUUGGCAUUAUUUAUGCAUAUGAAUGAAUUUAAUCAUAUGUGUACAAAAUUUUUAUUGGUCAUAAUUAAGAAUAUUUUUUUUUCCCCACUCAGCUCUACCUUAAGCAUUAAGCAUCUGAAAACUUGAGAACACAUCAUACAAUAUUGGUCUCAAUUUAUAAUUUUUUGUUUCAGGUUUAACUUACAGUUUAUGAAAGUUGUUUUUUUUAAUUUAUCAAACAGCAAAGCCUAUUCUAUAAGCAGGUAUAAUUUUUAAUGAAAAUAUAUAUUUGAUGAAAUCUUGGCAUGUCUGCCUACGUUAUUACCUACAAGAUUUAAAAUUCAUAGAACAUAAAACUUCUGUAAAUUCUUAUACCCCUUGGUAAAGUAGUGGGUGGAAAUCAUUGCAUAUUGAAUGAAGAAAUAGGCCAACCUAGACCAGCAGUAACAGAAAAGGCACUGGGAAACGCACAUGGAAAAAAAGAGGUACAUCAAUACUAUGAUGAAGGUAAUUAAUAUUUUUUUGUCAAUUUAAUUACAAUUCUAAAAGAUUCCUUUGAUUGUCCCCGUUCUUUGUUUGCUGGGUGGUCCUCAGUAUUCAGAGAUGUUUGAAUGCCACUCUGGCAAAUACUAGUGCCAGACAGAAGCAGGGAGUCCUUACAAAUGACAUAUUGGAUGUUAGUGCAAACAAUAUCUGAUGAAGAGGAGAUUUUGUGGUAAUAUCAAUUCAACUGAACAAAAUCCUUUGCUAGCUCUAUUACGUAUAUUUUGUGUAUAUGCACUAGCCUUUUAUAAACCUUUUAUAAACCAAUUGCAGAAAAUCAUUAUAUUAUUCCACACAAUGCAUUUGUCAGUAUGUCAGAGUAUUUCCUUUUGAUUAUAGUUCCAAGCAAAGAGUUCCAUAUCAACCCACAAAGCACUGGUUCUUGAGAGAGAAUUUUUGUCUGCAUUUAUUCUUUUAAACUCAUUUGGCACUUCAUAAGCUUUUGUUCCUGUAAAAGGAAGAGGGAGCACCAAAUUAAUAUGAAGUUCAUAGACUGUUAAAAUUACAGUGUUAUUUUGUGAUAUAAACAUCAGAGUAGAAUCUAUUGUCUAGGCAUAUGUGUGAUUUUGUGUAUAAACAAUUGACCAUAAUUUUUCUGUCACAUCUUUUCAUUGACGAUGCAGGUAGAAUUUUCAGAAGUGUCUAAGUUGCUUAAGUAACUUAAAUCCAGGUUGACAAACUGAUUUUUUUGGUGGGGUUUUUUUUGGGGGGGAGAGGAGGGGAAGACUGACCCAUUUAUAAGACUGUGGGAUUGUGUAAUCUAGUUAGAGUAGUCCUUCAUUAUUUUCUAUUACAUUUGUGCAAUUUUGAGUCAAUGGGGAAGUUCCAUCAUUCUAGUGACUGAGAGGUGGAUUUUAAUGUUUUCAGGCUAAGGAAGAGAACUGAAUUCAGAUUUCGCACUGUUGAUAAAGUGUUUACCCCUUAAGCCACUUCACUGGAAAAGGUGGACUGGCUGCAACUGUAUCAUGUCUUCCUAUGAUUUUAUUUUUUUUUCCCCUACCACAAGUUCAUAGAAAGAAUGUGAGAAUGUAGGUCUAUAUAAGACUUGUGUCCUGCCAGAGAGAUCUUGUAUUACAGAGUGGGAAGGAUGAGGCAGCUUAGUGUAGGACCUGAUGAACACCAGAAUGGAAGAAAGAGUUCAUGGAAGAGAGUACGCAGUGGGAUAAGGGAGAAUGGGAACAUAUAUACAGGUUCUCGUGGUAGUCUAACAUGCAAUCUACAAAAUUCACCUAGAAUGAGAUUCCAUGUAUGCAAUUUCAUUGUCUACUGUUUUUCCAUAAAGUUGUUCAGGUGUUUCUGCAGAGUAAUUCAAGGACACCUGAGCUAUGUAUUGGAACUGGAAGCGGGCAUUUCUUUGACAUCCAUAAGUAGUCACCUAAUCCUGAGAGAAGAGUUAAAUCACAGCCAGUUCUCAACAUUUCCCAUUACCUAAUAGUUCUGUAGCUCAAGAUCAGCUUUCCAGCAAUUAAUAAUCCCGUUUUCAGCAACAUGCUCCCAGAUGUCCCAUUGUAACUUAAGUGCUUAGUGUAGCAUGGUAGAUUUUGCUAGGGAAACCAGACAUGUAGGAGCUGGGUGCUUUAAAAAUCUGCCCUGUGGGUCUGCCUUGCUGACAUGUUGAGAAGUUUACUCCAAAUUUCUGUUCCAACUAUAUUGGAGAGCUCAAACACUCACUUAAACAUUUUCUAAACCAGCAAAAACUGCUUUGAACACACUUUAAACACAUGGAUGUGGUUUGUUGGGGUUUUUUUCUGUGUUAAUUUAAUAUUUUUUUUUCAUAACUUCAAGAAAAGAACCUAUAAAUUAAAUACAACAAGAAAACAUGAAGGGAAUGAAGAAUGAACGAAGAAUUGUUUUCAGAGGGCAGAAUAUUCUUAAAGAUGCUAUAUCUCCAAAUGAACCCAUUGCUUCUAUGAUACAUUAGUCUUUGAGAAAGCUAGAUUUUUGUUUCCUUGGAACUAAAGUGCUGUUCUCAGAAAACUGAAUACCAAAAAAUUGGCGGUGUGGGAACAAAUGUUAGUUAUCGUUUGCAAAGCUGAGCAGAGUUUUGUUUUGGUUCCUCCCCCUCCUGUCCCCCCCCAACAAUAUUCCUUAAUGUCAGGACCCACAGUUCACUCCCAGAAGCUGAACAAUAGGCUUGCCCUUUAUGAGUCACGCAUUGGUAAGAUUUCUGUUGCUAACAAGUCUGUUGGCCAUAUGUAGACUACAAGAGAAUCUCCAUAGGUAGUAUCAGCCAGUGUAUGUUGUAAUGAUUUCCCUUUCUAAAGCAAGCACCCAGAAAUAAGAUAGUAUCAUUGCUCUAUACUCUUGUUGUUUGUGGAAUUGAUGGUUGGUAUAGUUGGCUUGCCACAGAAAAAUUCUGUGGUGGCUUCUGAGGUCAGAUUUAAAUUUUGAAAUGUUUUCUCUCCGAAGAAUUCACAUGCAAUUUUGUCCACAGUAAGGUUAUGCUGACUCAGAAGAGAUGCUACAAGGAGCACUAGAUAGUGUUGCGUAGAGCACGGCAAGGAUUGCCUUUGCUGUGUUCACAGUACAAAGGAAUAGUAUCUCUUGAACCUUGUUUCGAUCUCUGUUUUCUGCCAAGAAUGAGUUAGAGGCAAAGGUAACACAUAGUUUGGGAAUUGAGAAAUCAAACACACUGUUGUCGUUAUCCCUUUCGUAUGCUCUGUCAUUAACAUAGAAAGUAGAGAUGAUAGCUUGUAACAGUAGAUAAUAAAUUCUGGGUUUUCUUCAAGGACUGCUUUUAAUAACAGUUUAAAAUAGUAAACAGGCAGAAUGAAUGUGUCAUAAAUAGUAGUUAUAGACACCUUCCACUAGACCAGGUUACUGAAAGCCGCAUCCAGCCUGGUCUUGAACACCUCCAGGGAUGUGGUAUGCACAGCUUCUCUGGGCAACCCAUUCCAGUUUCACCACCCUCGCAGUAAAGAAUUUCUUCCUAAUAUCUAAUCUAAAUUUUCCCUCAUCCAGUUUAAAACUGUUACCCCUCAUCCUACCACUAUGGUCCCUGAAAAGAAGUCCUUCUCCAUCUUUCCUGUAGGCCCCCUUUAGGUACUGAAAUGUUGCUAUAAGGUCUCCCCAGAUCCUUGUCUUCUCCAGGCUGAACAACCCCAACUCUUAUCCUGUCUUCAUAGGAGAGGUGCUCCAGCCCUCUGAUCAUCUUUAUGACCCUUCUCUGGACCAGUUUCAACAGGUCGCUGUCCUUCCUCUGUUGGUGGCCCCAGAGCUAGACACGAUACUCCAUGUGGGGUCUCAGCAGAGCCAUGUAGAGGGGCAGAAUCACCUCCCUGGACCUGCUGGCCACACUUCUUUUGAUGCAGCCCAGGAUCCAGUUGGCUUUCGAGGUUGUUAGCGCACAUUGCCAGCUUAUGUUGAGCUUCUCAUCGACCAACACCUCCAAGUCUCUCUCCUCAGGGUUGCUCUCAAUCUAUUUUCUGCCCAGUCUGUAUUUGUGCUUGGGAUUGCCCCAACCCACGUGCAGGACUUUGCACUUGGCACUUGUUGACUCAUAGUUAACCCAUAGCAUUGGGAAACUUAGAAAUCACUUGUUACUUUUCUGGUAGUGAGCCUAAUUUGUUUAAAAUAAAAUCCAUCUGUUCAUUUCAGUGUUUGUCCCACUUCCUUAGAGCAAUCUACAGAGGGUUACUCCAUUACUUUAAAAAUUGGCUGCAGUUAUGAUAAGCUAAUAACUCUUAUUUUGUGGUUUGCUGUAGCAAGAUAUUUUGGAGAGCAAUGAAGCUUCCUCCCCUUUAUUCUUAAAAAAUAUUCCUGCUGUAGUUAUUUCUUACAGUUGGACCUGAGUAUUUUCUUAAUUAGGUUUCAAGUAAAAAUAUCAUCUGAUGGCUUUGCAAAUUCAAUAUAUUUUUGAUUGUCAAUGAAUCAGCCAGACACUACUGUUAAGUAUGUAAAUGACCUUAAUGUCAGUUAGGUAUUUGAUAACAUGCCAUGUAUGCAACAAAACUUUGGAGUUCAGUGAUUCAAACUUUGUGCCACGUUAAAUUUACUUCCUGGAAUAAGUUUCCUUUUUAUGCAGGGACCAGUCUACUACUAUGCUCCCCUGUGUUUUCUCCUGAAUUAUGUAUUAGUCCUAAAGAUGUUUUAAAACGUUAUACAUACAUAAUGCUUCUACUUUUCUCUUUCUGAUUGUUAAUUGUAUGAGAUGUGUAUUUCUGACAGCAGUUGAGUGAAUAUUCGCUAAACUGUGAUAUAAUUGAGUUUUUGAAUGUGUACUUUAAGAAGUUCAUAGACUUGUGUAGAGAAAUCAUUAGUUUUUAUUUGUUAAAUUCAAGAUUCUCAAGUCCUGAUAUUCCUUUGUGGUUUUAUCAGCAAAUCUGUUUAAGAAAGUACUUCUGUUUUUUGAAUGAUUUUUGUAGCAUUUUUUAUUUGUUUAUGUAGACACUCUUCUUCGUUGAGUGCAAGUUAUUGACCUGGUACUCUAUUUAUAAUUCUGCUUGGCUCUUCAGUAUUUUAUCUAGCUGUAACUUAUUAAAAACCACAAAUAUGAAAUGGGGAUAUUAAUGACAAGUGGUUUAAAUGUGAGAAUUUCAAAAUGCAUGUUAGAAUAUUUCAACACUUUAUUCACUGUAAUUUUACAUUUUUUUCAUUACUUAUGUAAUUAAAAAAAUUCCUUAGGGUUGAAUUAUAGUAAGAUUUUAUACAUCUCAGUACUAAUUUUGUCUCCCAGUGGACAGCAAUAAUUUAGGUGGGAUUGUUUUUACUCUAUCUAAUUUAAUCUUACUGGGGGGAGGGGAAAUAUUAACCUUGCAAAUUUUGCUAAUUAUAAUAAUUUCAUUAAUAUUGUUGGUUGUUUUUAAUAAUCUCCAUGCCUUCAGAAACUUGUUCUUCUAUAUUUUGAUGAAAAACAUGCAGAUAUACAGGGUUCUGUAAUAGAAUAUGUUUACAGUAUUUAUCCCCUGGGUUUGUUGUAAUAGUAAGGGGAAGUACAGUGACAGAUAUAACUUGCAAUAGUUGCUAGCAUUAUGUGCCUUUGAAUCAUUUUCUUUAAUUCUUUACUAUUUUUUUUUUAUAUCUUAGGUGAGGGUUAACAGCUUUAAAUCAGUUUCAUUUCUAUUAAAGUGGAUAUGGUGAUACAUUCUUAGAGCUUUACUAGUUUUACUAACUUUAAAUAAUUUUAAAUCUGUAAGGAAAAUGCUUGUAUGGAUGGUAUUGAACUGAUCAUAGACCGUUGAAUUUAACUUUUUAGGUUUCAAGCACUGCUAGAGUAGAGGAAGAACUUACUGGUGAUAUUUGGCUUUUUAUUAUGCUUUCAUUUUUUACUGUAUAUGAUCAGUGGGACUUUCUUACCACAAUAGGUAUGCUCACUGUAGUGGCUUUUUUAAAUGUUCCUAUAGUUUGCACUGUGUGAUUCAUUUGAAUUUAGCUUAUAAAUCAAUCCCUUGCUGUAGGCAUCUGCUUUGUACCUUGACAAGUAUGAAAAUAAUCAAAAAUAUCACUGUAUUUGACAGUGAGACUGUAUAUUUCUCUGUUUCUGAGUGUGAAUAGCAUUUAGUAAGGCUUGUCUAGUUAAAAGGCAGUUAAACUAGUAAUCAUACAUGAUCUGUGUUUAACUGUCAUUUGUAGAAAAAGUGCGACAGAGUGAUAUGUGGUGAUAACAAAUUCAGAAGGAAAAGAAUAUGAAAUUCAGAUAGCAGCUUGAAUGAUUUGCUGCUAGCAUGGGGCCCAGUAGCACUACAAAGCUAUAAACUCUGUCUUUCUAGAUUGCCCAGUUAGAUGGCAGAGAUGCAAUUUGUCUUUUCUGAAGCCGCCUGCUGCUUGCUAGCUCCAUCUCCUGUCACAGCCUAUUAGCUCCCCAAGAAAAUUGGUGGGAAAUUGCCUGCAGAUUGUAGGAAAUUGCAUCUCCAGGCCCUGGAAAAAAUGUAGGAUAGCACAACACUGAUCCUCCCAGAGCAGCUAUUAAUACAGCAAAAGCUGACCUUUGGCAUGGUGUGAAACGACUUUGCUAUUUGCUGAAUAAAGACUGUAUUAUGUGUGGUUGAAGGAGGGUACAAAUUAUUAUCCUAGCUAUGCUUGUAGCCAGCCUGCUCCAGGAAGCUUAAGCAUUAGUGGCAGGUUUUGCUACCCCUCACUUCUUCCUAUUGGAAGAAGGGAGACGAGAUGUGAGAGCCUUAUCCAGAAAUGUCAUUGUACAGAUGGGCGAAAGCCACUGCGUGUUUAAAUGAGGUUAGUACAGAUUAAAUUCAAGGGUUUAGUGACAAAACUGAAAGAUAAUUUAUGAAGCUAAUCCAAAAAAAAAAAAAAAGAGGAGGUAAUUGUCUCUGCUUGUUCUAGCCUGGGUCUGGGUAAGAACAACUCUUUGGCUGUUUCAUUGUAAAUGUAUAUCCAUAACAAACAUUUGAUUUUGGGGCAGUUACAGUGAAAUUGAGCCGAUUUAUACUGUAAUUGCUGAGUUUAAAAGUCAUGAGACACACAUUAGUUCUGAUAGAUUUUAGCAUUAAAUUCCUUGCCUCUAGGAAACUCACCACUGUCUUGUUUAAACAAAUUCCCAUGUGUUCUUUGCGAUGUGGUAUCAAUGAGUUUCAUCCUCUGUCAUUUCUACUAGAGGUACCUUUAUAAUCUUGUACUUUGCCUCAAUUUUAUAGGACCUUUCAGUAAAGGAGUCAACUUUUUGAUGAAUCCUGGGAGAGGGGAUAUGUAGAAUUAGUUUGCAAUAUAAAAAAAUAAAUGCCAACAUUUUCUUUGAGCUAGCAAUUGAACUUAGCUGGUUCAAAGCCUCCUGAGGAAAAUGUGUCUGUGAAUCAGAAUGAUCUAUUGAUCAGAAGUGAUCAUGGGGAGGGCAGCAGCAGGGAAAAAGUCAUUUUGCAAUCAAGAGCAUCACUGUUUUCAAACUCAGCUGAGAUAUGUUGGUAACUGGUGGCUGCCCAGGGAUCUGGGUGAAAUCAAUAUGUUCAUUUCCUAUUGUAUUGGUGUCCGCUGAUGUAAACGAGCUGACAAGGCUUACUAACACUCACGCAACUGAUUAGAGAAAAUUAGUAGCCUGCCUUAUGGAGCUGAGGCAGAGGACCUGAGCAUGACAAAACAGGUACUGCUUGUACUUCAAAGCACAGCUGAAGGGGAUUAAGAGCACUUCAUGUUACCGGGCUCUCUGGGCCCCUGUUUUGAAUUCUCAUGACCAUGCAUGCACAUGUAUGUCAAUCUGAAAUGCUAAUUUGUUGAGGCAUUGUCUUUCUAAAUUAGUUAUGGCACCUUUUAUGGAAGUUAUGCAAUUUAGUGCUGUGUCUUUUGUUGUAAAACACAAAUACAGGAACAGAAGAGCUAUGGUGCUUGAGCUUUUAUUCUGUAUUUACAAUAGCUGUUCAUCUUCCAGGUAUUACAUACUAACUGCAUUCUCAAAAUAAACCUUGACAUUUAGUAACAAA